GGUCCGAUGGUGGCGGCGGCGGCGGCGGCGGCGGUGGCGCGUCUUCAGCCUGCUCCCGAGCCGUUUCGGGGGUGGGGGCGAUGGAUCUCGAGGGCGGGGACGGCGGGAUCGCUUUCCGUGGUCUGCCGAGCCGCUCCGGCCCGAAAACGAAGCUGCGGAAGAGAAAGUCUACCCUGUACGCCAGCGUCCCGGAGAAGGGCGCCCGACCCGCGGGGGAUCUCCUUGGAGAAAACAUUUAUCUGUUCUUGUCUAUCAUUGCUUUAAGAAUACUUAACUGCUUCUUAGUGCAGACGAGCUUUGUUCCAGACGAAUACUGGCAGUCUCUUGAAGUUGCACAUCACAUGGUUUUUAAUUAUGGUUAUUUAACCUGGGAAUGGACAGAAAGAUUGAGGGGUUAUACUUACCCCUUAAUUUUUGCAAGCAUAUACAAGAUUCUGCAUCUAUUGGGGAAAGAUAGUGUGCAGUUACUGAUCUGGAUUCCCAGACUCGCCCAAGCACUUCUGUCUGCUCUAGCAGACCUGAGGCUUUACUCAUUAAUGAGGCAACUGGACAGCCAGGAAGUGGCAAGAUGGGUGUUGUUUUGCCAGUUGUGUUCUUGGUUCACGUGGUAUUGCUGUACCAGAACCCUCACCAACACCAUGGAAGCUGUUCUCACUGUACUUGCUCUUUUCUACUAUCCUCUGGAAGGUUCCAAGCCUGUGAACAGUGCUAAGUAUGUGUCACUGGUGGCAUUUGCCUUCAUAAUUCGUCCCACAGCCGUCAUCCCAUGGAUACCUCUACUCUGCACACAUUUCUGGCAAGCACGGAGAAAGCUCCCGCUUACUCUACAUCAUUUCUUACCUGUAGGAUUUGUAGCUUUUAGUUCAUCUCUGAUCAUUGAUCGCAUUUUUUUUGGCCAAUGGACUCUGGUGCAGUUUAAUUUCUUGAAAUUUAACGUGCUGCAGAAUUUGGGAACAUUUUAUGGCUCUCAUCCGUGGCACUGGUACUUCAGUCAAGGAUUUCCAGCUGUCCUGGGUACGCACUUACCCUUCUUUAUCCAUGGCUGCUUUCUAGCCCCAAAGAGGUACCACAUACUCAUGGUGUCUGUGCUAUGGACACUGUUAGUUUAUAGCAUGUUAGGUCACAAAGAAUUCAGGUUCAUCUACUCAGUUUUACCAUUUUGUAUGGUGUUCUGUGGAUACUCAUUAGCCCACCUGAAAUCAUGGAAGAAAGCCGCCCUCAGUUUCCUGUUUUUAUCAAAUACGCUUCUUGCAUUCUAUACUGGUUUAGUUCAUCAACGAGGCACCCUUGAUGUCAUGAGUCAUAUUCAAAAAGUCUGUCACAGCAGUCCCAAUAAAUCUUCGGCCUCAAUACUUAUACUGAUGCCAUGCCACUCUACUCCUUAUUACAGCCAUGUUCACUGUCCACUUCCAAUGCGAUUUCUCCAGUGUCCUCCAGACUUGAGUGGAAAAAGUCAGUAUCUUGAUGAAGCAGAUGUGUUUUACCAAAACCCCUUGAAGUGGUUACAUAAGGAAUUUCCUGAGAAUGCAUCACUACCUACUCACUUGAUCAUCUUUAGUGCUUUGGAGGAGGAAAUAAGUGUUUUCCUAGCUGCAAGAAAUUAUGAGAGGACUGCUAUUUUCUUCCACACUCACUUGCCAGAAGGUCGAACUGGAACUCACAUAUAUGUCUAUGAACAAAAGGCAAAUGGGAAACUCAAAGAAAGAUGAAACUUAACUGUUCAGAAUUUCUAGAGACGGUAUGGUGUCUGACAUCACUGGAUGGAGACAUUCCGACAACACUUCAGUCAAUGCCAAAGUUGGACUCAUUCCUUGCAAUAAACUAUUAUGAGCAGCGCAAAUAUCAUUACUGAGGAAUUGUAUAAAAUAUCACAAAGUUAAAAAAAAUACAAUGCCAGAAUUUAAAUAAAGACCUUUAGUUUUCCUCA